GAUAACCCUGUGUUUGGCUCGCGGCGAGGCGCUCGGCCUCGAACAGCGCUAGUUUGCCGCAGAUCAGCGCAGAAGCUCUGUACAUAUCCUUUGUGACACAAAAUAAGCUACCCCGCCUAUUAGGCGGUGACUUAGUGCCGCCUGCCGAAUGGCGCCCAAGGUUCUCAAGGCGACAAAGGGCAGCCGGAGCGGCGCGAAUGACGGCAAGAAAGGCUCCAAGGCUGCGGGCAUUGGGGCCGUGGUGGAGGGAGGCGCCAUGGCCACCGCGGUGUUGCAGCGAAAGGCCGUGGGCUCGCUCUCAGGGGGCGUGGAGGCGCAAGUACGCACCCUGCUGCGGGAGCUCCACCGUCAGGAGCUAGCGGCACAGCAGGCGCACCACUCCCAACACCAACACCAACACCGCAGCCACGAACCGCACAACGCCCACCAGCAGCAGCAGCAGCAGCAGCAGCCGCCUCAGGCGGUGGCGGUGGACGGGCGUGUGCUCGCGGCCUUCUCGGGGUUGUGGGACGCGCUGGCGGCCGCCGGCUUUGGGCCGGAGCACGUGAAGCGCGUGUUCAUGGAGCUGCCGCGGACGUCGCACCCCUCCCUGGAGGCGGCCCUGGACUGGCUGUGCCUGCACCUGCCCGCCACCGAGCUGCCCAGCCGCUUCAAAAGCCUGGGCGCGGCCGGCGCCGCCGGCGCCGCACCUGUGCGCAUCCUGUCCGUUGCUACAGCCGGAUCCGCAGCAGCAGCAGCAGCAGCAGCAGCUGGCGCGGGCGCGGGCGCUGCUACUGCCGGUGGGACGCAGCCGGGGGCGGAGGGCAAGGCAGACCGGCCGUGGGAUGCGGACUCGGAUGACGAGGGCGGCGGCGGCGAGGAGGCCGAUGGGGAGGAGGAGACGGAGGCGGAGGAGGCGGGCGCGGGCCAGGCCGGGGCAGCUGGUGGCGGUGGUGGCGGCGGCGGCGGGGUGGCGGCGGGCGCUGGCGGCGCGGCCAUGAAGGAGUGGAUUCUGAGGUACAUGGACGACCAGGCCAGCAGCGGCGGCGAGGAGGAGGAUGGCGGCCAGGCCAAGCCCGGCUCCUCCGCCUCCUCGCUGGCGGACUUUGAGUGGGAGCUGUGGGGUGACCCGCGCGAGGUGGCGCGGCGGCGGGCGGAGCGCGGGCGGCAGCGGCUGCCCCCGGACCAGGCGCGGCAGGCGCUGGCGGAGGAGUGGGCCAAGACCAAGGAGGUGGCGGCCAGGGCCAAGUCCGCGGGCGACAAGGCGCGUCAGAAGGAUGCCGGGCUGAUGCUGCGAGACCUGAAGCAGGAGAUGGCGUCUAUGAAGGUCACGGAGCAGCAGCUCGAAGCGAUCCUGUCAGGAGCUCCAGUGCUGCCGGCGGCCACUGCUGCUGCUGCCGCCGCCACGCCGGCUGCCGGCAAGGCGGCAGCAGGCAAGGCUGCGGCAGGCAAGGCCGCUGCAGCCUCUGCGGCUGCGGAGCCCGGUAAGGACAAGGAUAAAAACAAGCACAAGGAUAAGGACAAGGAAAAAGAGAAGAGCAGGGACAAGGAGAAGGGCAAGGACAAGGAGAAGAAGGACAAGAAGAAGGACAAGGACAAGGGCGACAAGGGCGAUAAGGAGAAGAGUAAGAAGGAGAAGCGGAGAGAGGAAAAGCGUGAGAAGCAUCGUCAGAAGCAGCAGGAGGCGUCGUCGGAGGAGGACGAGGAGGACGACGGCGACGAGGAGGAGGCCGCAGCCCCCGCUCCCGGUGCGGCCUCUGCCGCCGCCGCCAACGCGCCGCCGCCGCCACACCGCCGGCCGCCGCCCAAGCCGGAGCCGGAGGAGAUUCCGGAGAGCUGGGAGGAGCACGAAGCUGAGCAGGAGGAGCCGGAGGCAGCGCCGGCACAGCAGCCAGAGCAGCAACUGGAGGCAGCAGGGGCGGAGGCAGGCGGCAGCAGCGGCGCGGAGCAAGAGGAGGAUGGGGCGGCUGAGAUGGAGACGUCGGAGAGCGACGCUCCGCAGCAAGGGAGGGCGCGGGGCCGGGCAGGCGUGGAGGCAGGCGGGGAUGGGGGUGACCACAUGGAGCUGGGGUCAGAGGCGGAGCCGCGGGAGCGAGGCGGCCGGCGGGGCGACGGGGAGGACGACGCAGAGGGCGCGCCCGCGUUCGAUGUGUUCCCCGACAACGCCACCUCAGCGCCGGGUGUGUCGGAGGCCGCCGCCGCGGCCGCCUCCAAGCCCAAGCCCAAGGAUGAUGACGAGCCUUUCCUGCUGCCCGGGCUGUUCGACGAGGACCUCAACGCCGCUGACGGCGCUGAGGCCGCCGCCGCGCCGGCGCCCUCGGCACUGCUGCGCGCGGCCGCCGCGGCGGCGGAGGCAGGCGCGGGCGGCAAGAAGGCGGCCGGGGGCAAGAAGGCGGCGGGCGGCAAGCCCGCGGCGGCGCCUGCACCGGAGCCGCCCAAGACGCCCCGCGCGCUGCUGUCCCAGCUGUGCAUGAAAAUGGCCUGGUCGCAGCCGCGGUACGAACGGCUGGCGGCGGCGGCGGCGGCGGAGGGCGGCGGCGGCGGCUUCCGCUACAACGUGGUGCUGGACCUGGGGCCGGCCAGGGGUGUUGCCAAGAAGCGCAACCUGUACGGCGUGCGUGUGUAUUCCAUACCCUCCCUGGAGCAGCCCGAGGGGCCGCCGUUGCACCGCUCCUGGCCCGAGCCGCCGGCUGCGCAGGACGCGGCCGCAGCACGAGCGCUGUACGAGGUGGCGCCCCCGCUGCAGCUGCAGCAGUCCACUUUCCAGGCUAUGGCGCCCGAGUGGCGGCAGCUGUGGUUGGACUGGGAGGCAAACGACGGCGCGGCGGCGUUGGCAGCGGCAGCGGGCGCCGCCGGCGCGGCUGCGGCCGCGGCCGGCUCCGCUGCCGCCGCCGCCAAGGCCGCAGAGGACGAGAAGCUGUCCGUGCUGCGGGAGCUGCUGUCGCAGCCGGCGGUGCCGCCGUCCGCUCCGCCGGUGUGGGCUGCGCCCGCGGCGCCCGUCUUUGUCGGCGUGGCGGCGGCGCAGAGGGCCGCAGCUUCCGAGGCCGCCGCCGCGGCAGUGGCGGCGCCAGUGGAUGUCGCUGCCUCGGCUGCCGCGCCGGCAGAUGCCGCACCAGCGCCGUGUGCGCCGUCCCCGCCGGCAGUAGCAGCAGUAGCAGCAGCAGAAGGCGCGCUGGCGGCAGCUGCAGCGGACGGCGGGGACUCGGAGGAUCCGGAGGCCGCCGCGGAGGCGGAGGUGGCGGAGGCAGAGGCGCGCGGGCGGCGGGAUGUGAACGAGCAGGAGGACGAUGAGGAGGACCGGGAGAUGGAGGACCCGCACGGGGAGCAUGCAGAGCCCAUGACGCACCACGACGGAGACGCCGUGGAGCAGGAGGAGUGGGAGGACAUGGUCGCAAUGGGCCGGCAGCAGCAGGGACAGGGCGUGGAGGACGAAGCCGCGGCGGCCGUGGAGGCUGCGGAGGAGGCGGAGCGCGCGGCCGCGGAGGCGGAGGCAGAGCGGGAGCAGGCGGCGGCGGCGGCGACGGCAGCGCGGGAGGCAGAGCUGGCGGCGACAAGCGCGGCGCUGCGCAAAGCCAUGGAGCGGUGGCAGGCCAGCCCUGCCGGCCGGGCCAUGCAGGAGGCGCGUGCGGGCCUGCCCAUUGCGGCGGUCCGUGGGGAGGUGCUGGCGGCACUGCGGGAUGGAGACGUGGUGGUGGUCAGCGGCGACACGGGCUGCGGCAAGACAACUCAGGUCUCCAUUCCGUAAACCUGACCUGCCCUGAAUAAGCGU